GUGAACUUAUAUCUAUAGUGGGUUCAUCUUGGGUUGCGGGUCACGAGUAUGGGUCAAACGGCGGACAGUGCGCUGGCGCACGCGUUUCGGCAGAGCGUCGUCGCGCCCCAGCACGUCGGCAUGCGUCCUGCGCGCGCACCCUACCCGCCGCGACCCACGCCCGCGCGGCCCGGCUGCGCCGCCCGCCUCGCUCUACUGAUCUUCGCCACCAUCGGCACUUUGAGAGCCGCCCGAAUACCACCCGACACCCAGCAAUUGAAAAUCGUGUGUCAAGAGCGUAUGAGCCAGCGGUGCUGGGUUUGGCAGCUUGCAGUAGGAGACGUCCACCUGGCCGAGAAGAAACUUCACCGGGUCCCACCGCAAUACGCAUGCGGAAUAAGCAACUCUAAAACAUCUCUUGACCAUAAACAAAUAUUAGUCUAUUCACCGGGUAACGUUGUUACGGUGACAACAUGUAAAAAGAUCAUACAUCUACCAAUGGACUCUUUGAGCGACUGGAGCUUAGAUUACCAGAUAGGAUCAAGGCAACGCAGGCAGGCUUCGUACAGGGGACGGUUCAGAGGACAGACGCAGUCUCAAUACUUGGCUAUCAAUCAAGGGUCAAAGGAUGAAGGCAAAGCUGAAGCAAUUUCUGCAGCAGAUACGUCUAAAGCUGUUGUCAGUGGCAGAAGCGGUAUGGGACAAGCUCAGAGUCAGUCAAUAUAUGAUCCCAGUUGCGAUGAAUGUGUUGACCGUUACGUACCUGGCGCAGAAAGUUUACGGCGUCCAACGGGGGGAAAUGAUAGACAUGGUGGUGGGAACUGGGAUCAAGGAGGGGGACCGGUAUUGAAGGAGGACCAGGUAUCCAAGGAGGAGGACCUGGUAGUUACGGUGGCGGGUCAGGGAACAACCAACCAGGCGCACCAGGUAGACCAGAAUGGAACAAUCAGCCUGGGGGACAGGGUAUUAAUCAACCUGGGGUACAGGGUACUUAUCAGCCCGGGGGACAGGGCGCUUAUCAACCUGGGGGACUGGGUAGUAAUCAACCAGGAGGACAGGGUUCUUAUCAGCCUGGAGGACAGGGUACUUAUCAACCUGGAGGACAGGGUUCUUAUCAGCCUGGGGGACAGGGUACUUAUCAACCCGGGGGACAGGGUUCUUAUCAGCCUGGGGGACAGGGUACUUAUCAACCCGGGGGACAGGGUUCUUAUCAACCUGGGGGACAGGGUACUUAUCAACCUGGGGGACUUGGUGGUAACCAACCUGAGGCACUGGGUAGUAAUCAACCCGGGGUACAGGGUACUUAUCAACCUGGGGGACAGGGUACUUAUCAACCUGGGGCACAGGGUACUUAUCAGCCCGGGGGACAGGGCGCUUAUCAGCCCGGGGGACAGGGCGCUUAUCAACCCGGGGGACAGGGUACUUAUCAACCUGGGGGACUGGGUAGUAAUCUACCAGGAGGACAGGGUUCUUAUCAGCCUGGGGGACAGGGUACUUAUCAACCUGGAGGACAGGGUACUUAUCAACCUGGGGAACAUGGUGGUAACCAACCUGAGGCACUGGGUAGUAAUCAACCCGGGGGACAGGGUACUUAUCAACCUGGGGUACAGGGUACUUAUCAACCUGGGGUACAGGGUACAAGUCAACCUGGGGGAGAGGGUGCUUAUCAACCUGGGGGACAGGGUAGUUAUCAACCUGGAGGACACGGUGCUUAUCAACCUGGGGGACAGGGAUGGAACAAUCAACCUGGCGGACAGGGCAGUAAUCAACCAGGCGGACAGGGCACUCCAGGAUGGAACAAUCAACCGAGUGGACCGGGCACUCCAGGAUGGAACAAUCAACCUGGCGGACAGGGCAGUAAUCAACCGAGUGGACCGGGCACUCCGGGAUGGAACAAUCAACCUGGCGGACAGGGCAGUAAUCAACCAAGCGGACAGGGUACUCCAGGAUGGAACAAUCAACCUGGCGGACAGGGCAGUAACCAACCAGGCGGACAGGGUAGUUAUCAACCGAGUGGACCGGGCACUUCAGGAUGGAACAAUCAACCUGGCGCACCGAAUAGUCCUGGAUGGAACAAUCAACCUAUUGGACAGGGCAGUAAUCAACCCGGGGGUCAGGGCAGUUAUCAACCAAGCGGACCGGGUACUCCAGGGUGGAACAAUCAACCAGGCCAACAGGGUAGUUAUCAACCGAGUGGACCGGGUACUUGGAACAAUCAACCUGGUGGACAGGGCAGUAAUCAACCGAGUGGACCGGGUUCCCGAUACUAGUGGAAACCAAAGUCCACCACAAAACGUGAUUGAUCCAAAUUCUAUAGCAGCUGACGGAGACGAUUCUCAAGCAGAAUCGAGUAUUACACAAAACGCAAACGGAACCAUGGCUAUGGCUUCUUCCAACGGAGGAAAUAAUAAAGGUCGAGCCAAAACACAAGUCAGCGGGACAUACGCAGGAAGUGGCACAUUUCAAGCUCAAGCUGAAAUAAGUGACGAAAGUAAAGGAGCACAAAGUGAAGUGUCAGGAGGAAAACACGGCGCAAUCAGUAUUGCUCAAGGACAUAGUAGGAAUAGUAAAUCACAAGCGAAUGUUAAUCUUGGCUCUGAAACUGGCUCUUUAACCUCGGGUGCUCAAAGCGAUGGAGUAAUGCAUUCAUCAAAUACCCAGGUCCAAGGUGGAGUAAAAGGAGGAUCUGCGGAGGCCCAAGCUCGUGGUCCAGGAAGUACUUCUUCCCAGGCUCAGAUCGGUUUUACCCCAUUUAAAGAUAGCGAUAAAGCAAACCACGACCUAUUUAAAACUCCAUUUGUAGGCGCUGGUAAAGCAUCUUCUCAUUCUAACGGGCGUAUAGGAGAGUCACAAUCACAGCUGGAAGGCACAUUCAAAUAUGGAAUCAAAUAUACUGGAGCAGCUCAAUCUGGAGCUAGCUUGGAUAAAGAUGCAGUAUUUGCCAGUCGACUACCGUUCAACAAAAUCGACGUUUUUGAUAAAAGCGAUGUAAAUAUAAACGUUGAUGAGACAGAGAGACCACCAGAUGAAACACCUUUGCCUUUGCCCGACAUAAAUGACGUACAAAACAAUGUUCUCAAUAUAACCGAAAAACCACAGGACCAGUCUAGAAGCAGAAUGGCCAGUCAUAGCCACCUGGAUCACCACAUGCCUGACAAUGAGAAUAAAGCAGCUCCCACAAGCCCGCCUCCGGCAGGAAACACACGAUCGUUCCAACCGCCUUAUGCAAAUAAUAAUGAUUUAGAUUAUACGAGUGAUAAAGAAGAUAAUCCUACAGAAGACUACGAUGCAGACGGAGGGUUUGGCCCUGAAGGUAGUGACCCCGUGGAUGGAGAGGACAACUAUGAUGACUUUGAAAAAGACACCGAGACACAUCAAUCUCUGCAUAGUCCGAGCAGAAAAAGUUUUGAAAUCAAACAAAGUACCGGCGGAAAUACACAACAUAUUGUAUUAGGGGCUUUGCAUGGUCAAGACGCUGUAAUAACACAAAGAAAUAAUGAUCCAAGACCAGACGAAAGCAGAAUCUAUCAGCCCGGCGAGAGUGUACCCGGUACCGGAGGUUAUACCAUACCCGUCGGAUUUACAGGGAGCAUCAAAUCAGUGGCUUCCAAGCAAAACACUUACGCUAUUGGUUCAAGACGUUCGCCAUCACAAGCUCAAACAGUAUCAAUAACUCCUGGAAAUGGUAAAGUGAAAUACGUGUAUCCUAACCCUAACGUGCCGCCUCACAGGAAAUAUGUAGCGCCAAAGGAUUUGAGAUCUUACUCUAAUAACAAUAAAGACGAUAACAACAGAUAUGUCUCAGUAUCAAAGACAAUAACAGGAGAUUUAGACGGCGAAAAUAAUAUAAGAAAACAAUACUCACACACAUAUUAUACGAAAUCAUCAUCUUGCGGAUAUUUUACUUUUACUUGCACUAUGGUCAGUGGACCCAGUGGCAGAAAAAAAGUAUGCAAACCAAAAAUGCCCACCAACCCCGAUGGGACACCAAUGAGAUGUUGAAAAUUUCAC